AUAUCGUCAUUAGGAGGCGAACAACUUGAACAACUGUCGUUAACAUCGGACGAGAAGCGCAAGAGAACGAAGUCAGCAAUGUUGAACAUCGACACAGACAACUGCUGCUUACCGCCAGAAGUUGAAGAGGGAAAUAUCGAAUAUAAGGUGAAAUUAGUGAAUCCAUCGUCAAGCCGUAUACAGCAUUUGAUAACGCAAAUGAAGUGGCGAUUACGUGAGGGCCAAGGUGAGGCAAUCUACGAGAUCGGUGUGGAGGAUCACGGCUCGAUGACGGGCUUGACUGACAGCGAACUGAAUGCAUCGAUGCGAACGUUGAACUGCAUGGCGAGUGCCUUGAAUGCCAGCAUUGUUACGCUAAGUGAACGCGACGUGACCCCGAAGAGCGAUGACUGCACAACGCCACGGCGACGUGUGCUUGAGGUGCUGGUUCGUAAAGUGCCUGAUAACCAGCAGUUCAUCGACUUACGAUUAGCGCUUUUGGGAGAUGUCGAUGUAGGUAAAUCAACACUGUGUGGAGUGCUGACACAAGGUGUGCUAGAUAAUGGUCAUGGAAAGGCACGCUUGAAUAUGUUUCGUUAUUUGCAUGAGUUGCAAACCGGUCGAACUUCCUCAAUUUGUUUGGAUAUUGUUGGUUUCAACUCGAAUGGUCAACUGAUAAACUAUGCAGAUCAUUCACUUGAGGAGAUCGUGGAACAGUCAACGAAGUUGAUAACUCUACUCGAUUUGGCUGGUGACAGGCGAUAUUUGAAAACAACUAUCUACGGACUGACAGCUUAUGCACCACAUUUCUGCGCUCUGGUAGUGAACGCUCUCACUGGCCCAACAGCUGUAACUCGGGAGCAUUUGGGAUUCGCAAUCGCCCUGAAUAUACCACUUUUCGUCGUUAUCACCAAAAUCGAUAUGCUCAAUGCUGAUGCGGCCGAAAAAAUGCAACGAACCGUCGAGGGUUUACUCAGACGACCAGGUAUGAAUCGGGUCUCACAACGGGUACACUGCACUGGUGAUGCUGUAGGAUGUGCAUUGACAAUGGUGACCGAAAAUGUUGUGCCAAUAUUCACAGUAUCAAACGUCACCGGUACGAAUAUGUCUCUGUUGGAGUCCUUCUUAAACGUUCUUCCUCCCAAUGGUUUGUCUAAAUCGAAACAAGACGAACUGUCGAUGGCCGCACCACUUUUCUCGGUGGAAGAGGUCUUUCGAGUCCCUCGUAUUGGAACGAUUGUGUGCGGAAUGUUAACCGAUGGUGUGCUGAGCGAGGAGAAUCGAAUCAAAAUCGGACCGGAUCGUAACGGUGCAUAUCAUGUGGGUAAAGUGGAGAGUAUACGGCGCAAUAAGCAACCAGUACGCUCGAUCAAGCCGGGACAAGCUGCUUCUAUUGCGAUCACUUUUGAUAAUCCAUCGCAAGUAGCCGACGUUGAGAUAAGACGAGGAAUGGUAAUGAUGAACGCCAAGGACUUCUCUCCAUCGUAUCGUCGUUUCACUGCACGUCUGUAUCUGCUGUAUCAUCCAUCCUCUGAGAUUUGUGUCGGCUUUCAGACCACUGUGUAUAUCGGAUCGGUUUGUCAAACGGCCACAAUAAUCGAUAUAGACGCAGCGUGCAUAGUGCCGUGUCAGUGGGUAACGGCUCAGUUUGAAUUCUACAAUGGACCGGAGUUUGUGCGCAUUGGAACGCCUCUGAUAUUUAGACAGGGUAAAACGAAAGGGAUGGGUGAAGUGAUCGCGCUUCCCGAGGAGGAUAUUAUCAGCGAGGAAAGCGUUAAUGAGCUGGAUUGA